AACAAGCGUCCAUUUUCUACAGAAAUCCUAGAGUCAGUCUUGACAUUUUUGACGAAAUUGAAUGAUUUUUGUAUUUUUUACUGAAAUACAUGUGCUAGUGUGUAAUAUCGUAGAUUUAUAGUUAAGGCGGCGUGAAAUAGAGUUAUAAGAUGAAAUAUACGUGACUUCGAAUGGGCAAAUCACAUGAUAAUUUACUACGAUCCUAAUAUGACAAGGUCUGUUACAAAAUAUUGGUAACACGAGCCAGUCUGGUUUGUUUGUGUCUGGUUUGUCCAAAUCUUCGAUGGUGUUUUGGGGUUUUCUAACAGUGAUUAUCAAGUGCGAGCGGAAAUGGUUAGAGCCAGUAGCUUGAUGGCAGCUCAGGAGGGUGUGAAGACCCCCCACCGCAUAGAGCUCUGUGAGGAGAAGCCUGUCAGACCUACGCGUAACUAUAGAAAGCGCAGAAUCAUAGCAGCUACACAGCCAAAGACUGAGAAUGCGGACCUGAAUGCUGAGCCCCCAUUGAAGAAGAUAGAACUUAAAUCUAAGCCACUGAAAACUAGCAACGGUAACACAAAUAUGACUAACGGACACACGUUGAGGUCCAGAGCGGCGCGCGCCGCGGCCCGCGCUGCCGAGAGCCAUAAACUCACAGAAUACUUCAAAGAGGAACUCAAAAGUCCUAAAGUAGAACCUCCGCCGUCGCCGCCUCCUAUCGAAAAGACUAUCAACAAAAUAGACAAAGUUGUAAAUGGAAACUCGAACCACAAGCUCACGGAAUACUUCCCUGUGAGACGCAGCGUUCGGAAGACUUCCAAAUGUGUUAUGGCAGAGAAAAUGAGGGACCUAGAGCGAGCUGUGAGAGAACAAAGGGAGGAUGGACUGCAAGUUGCAUAUUUCGAUGGCAAGGGUCGCGGUGUGAUAGCAACCCGCCCGUUUGGGCGCGGACAGUUCGUGGUGGAGUACGCCGGGGAACUGGUCGGCGUGGCGGAGGCGAGGGAGCGCGAAGUCAGAUACGCACAGGACCCGGAGGCCGGGUGUUAUAUGUACUACUUCAGGCACGGUGAUCAACAGUAUUGUAUCGACGCCACAGCGGAGUCAGGUCGCCUGGGGCGUCUGGUGAACCACUCCCGCAACGGCAACCUGCUGACGAAGGCGCUGUGGGUGGACGGGCCGCGGCUCGUGCUGCUGGCGGCGCACGACAUCGCUCCCGGCGACGAGCUCACCUACGACUACGGCGACCGCUCUAAGGAGUCGCUGCAGCACCAUCCUUGGCUUGCGCUUUGACCUGGGUAUGGUCCCCAAAAAUCUCAUUGGACUUGUAAGAAUAUUUAUUAAUUUAGUCUUAGUUACUAUGAAGUUUGUUUGUUAUAAAAGUUUUAUGUUCGAAAUUGGACAUGAUGUGUUUAGUGAGACAAGUUGCCUACACUCUCGGAUGUUGCGGAGUUGUUGGUUUAUAAUAAACUGCCUUAAACCCUCGAGGUUUGUGACUAAGUUAAGAAAGACAAAAAUGUUAAAGAUGACGCCAAAACAGUGAAUUCAAGAGCUGAAUGAAGCUAGCGAAAAAGACAGCCAUUUCAUACAAGUAUUUGAUGAAAUAUAAUCUUUCGUUUCAAAUUAUUUGUAUGGUGCAUUUGACUGUACAAGACAUUGUUUUGAUUCGAGGAUAGUUUUUGGUAUAAAAGUAUAAAGUUUAUUCCGUUCAAAGUUAUGUGGAACGAGGUAUAGUCGAUUAAGAUAUAGAAAAGGACUGAAAAACACACUAAUCAUGUAUUAAAAUAGAAGUUGAUAGGUUUAUAAUUUUAGUAUGAUCGAACAUUUGUUGCAAAUAAUACUUUACAGCAAAUUAAAAGCUGUUUUGGCGGACUUCUUUUACCAAGAGACGUUUAAAAAUGAUAUACGAAUGUUUCCUAUGCAGUAUAAUAGUAUUGCAGUUUGUAACAGUAUUUCAUGUUUGUUUGGAAAGAGAUAAUAUAUCUCAGGUACGGUCAACCGCAGGACAGAGGUAACAACAUUUUAGCCUUUAUUUCAAGCAGUUAAGGUUCGUUUUCGUAGUUCGUUAUUACCACUGACGCGCGGUUGACGUUGAAAAAAUAAUUACUGGAUAUUAUUUCAUUUGUGGGUUAAACCUUAUAAUUAUGUGUUAUGAUUAUUUGCGAAUAUUUGCUCGGUUGCCCGAAUAAAAAUGUAUUGUGAUUUCGAUGUUUAGACCAAUAUAUGGAAUUUAUGAAUGUUACCCAGUGGUUGUAAGGGUUUGGAUUGGUUAAUAAAGAAAACUAAACAAUGUAGAGGUCUAAAUAAUGUAGGUAUAAGUAUAAUUGGAAUACUCCUUACGUCCACUGGGUAUUGUUAAUUGUGAUACUCUCAACUAGAUAUCUUAAAGCAGGGAAUAUUGUUAAACCAAAUCGUUCCAGUUUUAUAUGAGCUAUUUUGGUAUACUUUAGGUCCAUUGUAAGAUAUCAAGUAGAUAGUUUCAAUUAGUAGGAUAAUGUUGCCGCACUGCCUCAGGUGUGUGUGCAAGGUGAUGGAGGCAACGAUCGACAAGGCUUGCACGUGACGCAUGUUACUAUACGACGAUGUCGGCUUUAAGAGGAGCGACUACCUUAAAACUCGGAAUGAAACAUUAAAACUGGCAACACAGGAACACCCUGUAUUGCCCUAUCCUGACAAAGUCUACGUAAUUACUUUGUAAGGAAUUAAAAUUGGAUCCGUCGGUUCCUACUGUCGGUCUCCCACAAGCCACGUCUAAGAUUAUCCAAAUUACUUUAGGAAAUGAUGCCUAAGAGGUACAAAUAUGACCAAGACAUAAUAUGACGAUGGUUGUAUAGACUGUUUCUAUAUCAAAGACUUGCUACCAGCCACGAUACAAACUCGGUCACGACACAAACUCGAAUAGUUUUCGUAUUUAUAUUAUUAGAUUAUUUUAAUUUUAAGUAAACAUUUUCAGGAGAGUGAGGUUGUAAUGGUUGCUCAUUGUGUGGUAUGUUUUUAUUUUAUUUUGAGUCCUAAAUUGUCUGUAAUUCAUUUUUGUUUUAUUUAUGCAAUUCUUUUGAACUUCAAAUAGAAUAUUUUGAAUAAAGUGCCGUAUUAUUCAUUCGAAAAGCGAAGCUAUGAUUGCCCACCGAAGUGAGAGAAAAAAUAGUAUCCAUCCAUUGUUACAUUAACAGAACACCAUAAUAGCAAUAACAUACUUUAAUAUAAUAUAGUAUUUUAGGCGCCGUUACGUACGCUACUAAUGUACGUGAUUGAAACGAACACUCCAACCCUAAUAGAGAACAAUUAUUUUUAAUAUUAGAUUUUUGAAACAGAUCCGAAUCGGUUCUUACUAGUAAGUAAUCAUAGAAUACACCAAAAUAAUAUAUUAUCUGUGAGAUGAGUUUAAGUUGCGUGUGCAGGGCAAUGACAUCGGGCGAUACGCUUAUUUAUAUUAGACUCGUCGGCUUCCAUAGAAGUUGCGUAAACGUGUCAAAGCUAAAAGGUGGAAAGUCCAAGUAAAUGAAUACGAGUUGAAGAACAGGAAGUAAUAUAACGCUUAUAUUCCAUCACGGUUCACAUCAGAAAUGAAACGAUGGCUUUAAACGCUUCAUAAUACUUCCUGUGGUAUGUUGAAUAAAAGUUGGAGCAAUACGAAGCCUUGCAGUUUCUUUACGUAAUGUUUACUCGCGAGACUCGUGUUAGUUAUUAUAAGCAUAUUUGUGAUAGAGAUUCUCUUCUCGGAACGAAAUAUACGAGAAAGAGAUGCGAGAUGUUCUCUUGCUGACGUGCACACCCCAACCUCUGUUCAAGCGCCUUAUCGACUCCAGAUAUAUCGAGACAGCAUUUUUGAUACAUGUCAAAGUAGGAAGGAAAUUUUGUAUAACGUAAGAAAUUUUUAUAUGUAUCUUAGUAUAAUGUAGGUUAUGCGGCUGGUGGGUAUCAGUGGUCACCAAAAGAGUAAUUAUUAUUAAAUUAUAAUUGUUAAUGAUAAUAUAGUUGAUGAGGUUAGCCGGUCUGUGUCUUCGGUAAUCUGCUUCGUUCGGUACUUUCUAGUUAUAAAACUAUUAUACUUAUUAUGUUAUUUAUUAUCAUCAAAACUAAUUAGUAGCAAAUUAAUGUUAACGGCUGGCGAACCUAUUAAGAAUAAUGUGAUUGUACCAAACGUGCACUUCAUUUUUUCUACUUAACAUAGGGUGAUGUGGCUGGAUCUAUUUAUAUAAUUAAACUCUUGCAUAGUUAUCGUGUCUAAUUAACAAAUUCCAUAUAAAUUAAUAUAUCGCUUGUUGCAAUAAUAUUCUAAAUAAUAUAUAGUGUACAUAAGUGGGGAUAGUGGUGCCAUCUGAAGCCUUAACAGAGGAUCCAGCAACAUUACAUAUCGCUGUAACAUUUCUAUUGCUUUGUAGUUCCUACUCUCUAACUUCAUAAACGUGUGAUUUCCUAACCUACCUUAUCUUCAUAGUAAACUACGUCGCUACUCAAGCUUAUUCUUUAUUCCUGUCGAUUUAGGGUUCAAAUUAGUGAGACCAGCAAUAAAAUUUGUUAGUAACAUACCUUCCUUACCCGAACUUCUUCACAAAUACUAGGUUAACUAAAUCGUUAAAUUAAAUAGAUUAAUAUAUUUGUAUUCGAAUGCAUUUUGUUUUAUCAUGAUGAAUUGUCCCGCGAAUAAUACAAUCAGUUUGCUCUACAGAUUUUUUAAUUGUCUCGUAAUUGAUUAAUAGUUUUACUGAAAAUAAUGUUGGUAUGCUAACGGUACUCAUAAAGCACUCGUUAGUUCUUAAAAUCAUCAGCGCCUAAGAAUCUGUCGAUUAAACUCGAUUUCAGCGGAAUUAGUAUGAUAUUAUUUUAUUAUAUUUUCUUUGUAUCUAGCUGUUGUUGUAUUAGUGUUUUUCACUGCAAAUGUACUAGUAGAUAAUUUUAUUCCUACAUUGAUCAGAAAGCAUAAGGAUUGACAAUUGAUUCUGGACUUGGCCUAUGCGAAGCAAUAACCGCUUCAACUGUGAGUACUGUAACGUUCACUGCUCUGAAGGUAACUCAUAAACACAUCAGAGAUGAGAAUUCAUUAUUGUAGUCUCACAGCUAAGGUCCGUGAUAUUCCACACCUACUAAGAUUUCUAACUAAAUCAUAGUUCAUAUGACUGUGAAUUUACCAAAGAUGUUCAGAAUCAAAAACACCUAAACGUUGCUAGGUUCGAAGACUGUAUAAAAGUAUCUACUAUAACUUACAGCAAUGCCUAUGAGUUGGUUUGUUUAUUGCUUAUAAUGUUGAAGAAUAAUUUAAUAUGAUAUAUAAGUUGAUAAGCGAUUAUUUAUAAUUAAAAUAAUUGUAAAUCAUUAAAGUUAUUGUCCACUGCUUCUGUAACUGCUGACUAGUUGAGUAUAUAGAUGUGAUCUUGCGAAAAUGUGUUUUAUAUCAAACGAUGCAAAGUCUAUUUUCGUAAGAUAUUUUAAAUUUAAUCUUUUAAAUAGCUACGUAGCAGUUGUACAGUGGAAAGACAGUUAAAAUUUCAAGUUAAAUUUAUUCCCUUCAUAUUACACAAUGAAGAUUAUAUGCUAUAGUGACCGUAUGAAGUUUUAGAAUACAAAUAAUAUAUUUUUAUAAAUCUGAUGUUUCUUUUCCGGAACAGUUUUUAUAGAACACAUUUUAUAUUCUUUGUGAAAUAUGAAGAUGAUAAUUGAGAUGGAUUGAAACUAUGAUUAUUAUAACAGUAUUGUUAUCGGCUAUUUUCCUAAGUAGCGGUGUUAUGAGACUUAAUAAUUUAUUGCGGGCCGCCACACACUGCCCUAAUAAUAAUCAGUAGUGAUUGAGAAUUGGGUGAAAUAUAGAAAAUGAACUUAAA